CCUGGUGGUGCUUCAGAGUUCCUGAGUCGUGCAGCGUGCGCGACGGUAGUGACGCGUUUUACCGGGAGCAUGGCGGAUACCGGCUUGCGCCGCGUGGUUCCCAGCGACCUUUAUCCCCUCGUGCUCGGCUUUCUGCGUGAUAACCAACUCUCGGAGGUGGCCAGCAAAUUUGCAAAAGCGACAGGCGCUACGCAGCAGGAUGCCAAUGCCUCGUCCCUCUUGGACAUCUAUAGCUUCUGGCUCAACAGGUCCACCACAGCCUCGAAGCGGAAAUCACAGUCAAAUGGACCAGUGACCAAGAAGGCUAAGAAGGAGACUUCCUCCAGUGACAGCAGUGAGGACAGCAGUGAGGAAGAGGAACAGGCCCAAGGGUCCUCAGCAAAGAAGCCCGCCGGACCUGCCAAGCGAGCCAGCGUGCCGCAGCAUGCGGCGAAGGCAGUAGCCAAAGCUUCAGAGAGCAGCAGUAGUGAAGAAUCCAGCGAUGAGGAGGAGGAAGAGGAGGACAACACAAAGAAGAAGCCUGUCCAGCAGAAGGCAGUCAAGCCCCAAGCCAAGGCAGGCAGAGCGCCUCCUAAGAAAGCUGAGAGCUCUGAGUCUGAGUCGGACUCCAGCUCCGAGGAUGAAGCACCCCAGACCCAGAAGUUAAAGACAGCUGCGGCAGCCAGAGCUCAGCCUAAAGCCUCAGCCAAACCAGGUACAGCAGCUAGAGCACAGACUAAAGCAGCCAAUGGCAAGGCAGCCAGCAGCAGCAGCAGCAGCAGUGACGACUCGGAGGAGGGGGAGACGGCAACAGCACCCCCCAAGAAGGUGCAGACUGUACCUAAAAAGCAAGGUGUGGCCAAGGCACCAGUGAAAGUAGCUGCCACCCCCGCCCAGAAGAGUUCUAGCAGUGAAGAGUCUUCCAGUGAAGAGGAGGAACAGAAGAAACCCACGAAGAAAAAACCAGGUCCCUACAGCUCCGUCCCACCACCUUCUGUUCCUUUGCCAAAGAAGUCCUUGGGAGCCCAGUCUCCAAAGAAGGCCGCUGCGCAGAAGCAGCCUGCAGAAAGCAGUGGGGACAGCAGUGACGAGUCGGAUUCAAGUUCGGAGGAAGAGAAAAAAGCCCCUGCUAAAGUGGUCCUCUCCAAGACACCUGCCAAAGCAGCUCCAGCGAAGAAGAAAGCAGAGAGCUCUUCAGACAGUUCAGAUUCUGACAGUUCUGAGGAUGAAGCUCCUACCAAGCCAGUCAGUACCACCAAGAAUCCCUUAAGCAAGUCCGCUGUCACUCCCAAGCCGUCUGUGGCUAAGGCAGCUGCAACUCCUAAGCAAACUGCAGGCAGUGGCCAGAAAGCUCAGACCAGAAAGGCUGACAGCAGCUCCAGCGAGGAGGAGAGCAGCUCCAGCGAGGAGGAGACGGCAAAGAAAACUGUGACAGCCCCCAAGUCCAAGGUGACCGCUAAAGCAGCACCUUCUCUGCCUGCCAAAAAGGCUCCUCAGGCUGAGGACAGCAGCUCUGACUCAGACAGUUCCAGCAGUGAUGAAGAGGAGAAGACACCUAAGCCUGCAGCUAAGAAGAAGGCCGCGGGAGGUGGAACCCCUUCCAAAGCAGCCCCUGUGAAGAAAGCAGCAGCCAAAGAGAGCAGCAGCUCCUCCGAAGAUUCCAGUGAGGAGGAGGAGGAGGAGGAAGCGCCAGCCAAGGGCAAGGGCACUGCUAAACCACAGGCCAGCAAGGCCAAUGGCACACCGGCGCCUCAGAACGGAAAAGCAGGGGAGGAAAGCGAGGAGGAAGAGGAGGAGGAAGAGACGAAGAAGGCAGCAGUGUCCAAGCCAGGUUCAGGAAAGAAACGGAAGCAGAGUGAGACAUCAGAGGAAGCAGGGACUCCUCAAGCUAAGAAAGUUAAGCUCCAGACUCCCAACACGUUUCCAAAAAGGAAGAAAGCAGAGAAAAGGGCGUCUUCCCCGUUCCGCAGGGUCAGGGAGGAGGAGAUUGAGGUAGAUUCCCGAGUAGCAGACAAUUCCUUUGAUGCCAAGCGAGGUGCAGCUGGAGACUGGGGUGAGCGAGCCAAUCAGGUUCUGAAGUUCACCAAAGGCAAGUCCUUCCGCCAUGAAAAGACGAAGAAGAAGCGAGGCAGCUACCGGGGAGGCUCCAUCUCUGUCCAGGUCAAUUCCGUCAAGUUUGACAGCGAGUGAUCUGUGGUCAUCUUAGCGAAGAAAGGGUGAUGGCGCAAGGCUGGCCAGUCACCUCCAGUGGACCCAGAAACUCAGUGCUGUUAGGAGAGGGUCUUGGCAAGGACAGAUUUGAGAGGUCCUGACUGUCAUUACAGUCUCCAGUCCUUUUUUGUUCCGACUUUUGUACGGGUUUGUUUUUGAGUGUUGUCUUUGCCUUCCUGUUCUGUGGGUCUUCAUACUGAGAAGUUUGUAUAUUUUAUAUUAAAUCAUUUCGUAGAGAUUUUUGUUGUGAUUUUCAGAGAUGAGUUCCACAGAUUAAAGUCUUAGCUAUGGCCCAAGACGUAGCAAAAUGUCACAUGGUAAGACUUUUUCUCAUUGGAGGAUUCUACUCAUGUGAGUGCACACAUCCACAUUUUAUUCCUCCUUCCCUGGAAACCACGGCGGGGCACUGGCUGUUAAUGGUUGUGGUUUUGUCUGUUAAGCAUGCUGUGUGCUCAUCUUCAUUCACUGGGUCUGAGACUGACGCUUUCAGAAGCCAGCGUGCAUCUACAACUUUGGGGGAUAAAAUUGCUGUUCUUGGAUAUAACAGGCAGUGCCUUUAAUUAAUUCCAGCACUGUGGGGGGGACGGGUGAGGGAGGGCAGAGGCAGGCAGAUCUCUGGGUUCCAGGACAGCCAGGGCUACACAGAAACCCUGUGUGUGUGUGGUAGGGGGGCAUUGACAGAAUUUUCGUGUGGUGUGAAUGUAACUGUCUUGAGUAUUUUGUUUUCAGUAAUUAUUGCUAUUACAUGUUUACAGUACAUCUUAGUUUUAAUUUCAAAGCAAGCUUUUCUGACAUUGAAAGGCAUUUUCAACAACUUGACUUUUACUGCUGUUGAUACUAAGUUCAUGGCCGUGUUUGGUUGUUUUUAACAUCAUCAAGAACUGAAUGACAUAAUGUUUAAUUAUUUCUGUCUUGGUAACAGUAGUGACACAAAAUUAAUUGGUGUGAUUUCUGCAUGGUUGAAAAUCACCCGUCAAAGAAGUGGAAAUGACUAAUUAAAAUCCCCAGUGCUCAAUGUGAAGUAGGUACAGUGGGUGCAUCCCAGGAAACCUGUGGUAAGGAGUCAAACCUUACAGGGACUGGGGCUUGAGAACAGCGUUGAGGCAUCUGCAGAGCAUUUUGUCUAGAAGUUGCUACAUGGGAGUGAUUGUCUUGUUUAAGUUGGUCCUCUGGACUAAUUGUUAGUACCUUAUCUAUGAAGUUACUGAUCUAACUAACUGGGAGGGCUACGAGGCAUCUCGGGACAGUGUGCUUGCCUAGCAUUCAUCAGACGCUCGUUUGACCCCUAGCACCCCAGGAAAUAAAUAAAUACCUAAACGAGCAGAGAUCCCUGGGCCAAGGGAGUAAGUAGAUUAUAAAGACAUAGGAUGUGACAUUGGCAGCUCGACCAGAGUGAGUGAGGGAAGGGAAGCGCCCGCCUGGCAAGAACAGACAGCAGGUUUCCCGGAUGAAGUGAAGGCGCCAAGGAUGGCCUCCUGUGAUUAGUUCCCAGUCACCUGGUGACUUGUUCAAAGCUGGUUUUCUGUGGCAGCUCCUUGAGGAGGAAAAUGUGCUGAUGUCGGCAUGGUCAGAGCUCUACGUCUUACUACAGAACAAUAAACUGGAUGGUCUAUGAUGUA